GCUAUCGGCGAGUAGAUACCUGUUUCUCGCUAGCUGUGCGGACGGGACUUACGGACAGAUCAUCUACCACUCGAAGUACCACAAUGGAUCGCAGAUCGAACAGAGCCAGCUCGACACGCAGCACCGUCACCAAAGUGUUUGCGCUGCUACUCGUCAUAUGUCUUGCAGAAUGUGCUACAGAGCAGAGAAUUAACAGUAGGGGUAGCAAAACGUCGACCCUCUUAGAAAAAGUCGGCGGGUGGCGCAGUCAACGCGGAGGUUCCUGCUUAAGCUACGGCCAUUCGUGCUGGGGAGCUCAUGGCAAGAGGUCCGGCAAGCCUCCAGCGUCGGCCCCUGAUUGGUACCUCACCAGGCUGCUGCGACGCAUGGCUGCUAAUGCUGAACUGAACCACGUAAACCAGUUGACUAAGAAUGACGACAUCGACGCCAUUUUCCAAAUGAACAUGCCAGACGACUCGCCCGCGGCUAACAAACUGAUGCUCAACAACGACGACGGACCUGUGGAACUGCCUUUCAGCCGAAAUAUGGAAGCCAAGCCUAUGCUGGACGACGAUCUGUUAUCUAAGAUGAAAAUGUGGCAAAUCAUGAGAGAAUCGCCUGAAGAAAAGUAAAUUAAAUAAACAAAAAUCAAAUUAUACCAAAGAUUGACUGACGUUAUUAAUUUCAAAAUUUGUUUUCUUAUAUUUAUAUAAUUCAUACUAUGUAUAAUAUUUAUAAUAAUUAAUUCAAAAUAUGUAUUUUAAUUUAAUACUCUAAUUUUAACGAAUGUAUUUAAAUACGUCAAUUGUAAGGUUGGGUUGCAAUUGGCAAAUAGUUGUAUAGAUUAGAAUAUAAGAUAAAAUGUGCCAUUUGUAAACGUAUAA